AUGAUAAUAGAAACGAAUGUAGCAAAAAAAAACGAUAAAAAAGAGCAAGAUAUGAAUAAAAUGGACAAAAUGUUUGAAAUGAUGCAAUCCAUGAUGGUGAAAUUGGAAACUCUAGACGAAAUCAAGGAGCGCAUUCUAUGCGUUGAAAAAGAUGUAAAACAGAUGAAAGAUUCGAUUGAAUUCGUUCACGCCGAAGUUAACGAUCUGAAAGAUGAAGUCGAGAAAACGAAGCGGUCUGACGAGGAAAAUAGAAGGAAAAUCCGCGAGUUAGAAGAUAUGAACCGUCGGCUACAAGAAAGCGUUGUCGACCUUAAAGCGCGAUCUAUGUGUGAUAACCUGCUUUUCUUUAACAUAAAAGAAGACGAAAAAGAAAACACAACGGAGAAGAUUUAUGAUAUCCUAGAAGAAAAUCUAGAGAUUUUUGACGCACGAAACAAGGUAAAGAUCGAUCGUUCCCACCGUGUCGGAAGGAAACAUGUUAGCCAACAAAAGCCUAGACCGAUUGUUGUGAAAUUUAACUAUUUCCAAGACCGUGAACAAGUCAGACAAAAUGCGAGAAAACUAAAAGGUUCGCGUAUUGGAAUUGCAGAGCAAUUUCCCAAAGAGAUCGAAAAAAUUAGACAGACUUUAUACCCGGAAAUGAAGAAGGCCAAAGCGCAAGGUCACCGAGUUCGGUUGGUUCGAGACAGAUUAUAUAUAAACAAUGUUGAGUUCAAACCUUCCAGUUAA